UCAAGUUUCCAUUCUCAGCAAAAUUAUAUCCUUCAAGGCUUUUGUUUUUCUUUUUUUUCAAUUUGCAAGCACUUUUAAGCCGCUGUCCCUGGCUCCGGAGGCGAUUGCGGGAGGGCUCAAUUCAGGAAAGGUCCCCGGCCGCUCUCAGGACAGCGUUCGUUUGCUGCUUUUAAUACUUCACCGCCAGGGUUUGUCUUGGUCAAGUAGGUGGCUCGGGAGCUCAGGACGUGCCCGUGUCAGGCACCUGAUUCUGCUGUCCUUGAGACGCCGGCUCCCCCGGCCACCGUGCUCUGACAGAAGUAAAGCCAGUGUGCAGCUCCGCUGUGUGGUCCGGCAGCUGGGGUUGUCUCCCUGCUCAGAUGAUCAUCAAAGAGGCUGUGGAAUGUUAUCUCCGCAUUGCUUACGAGUUUGGAAAAUUGUCUCCAAAUGAACUUUUCCUGCUGUGUGUGCUGAGCUAGCAACGCGUGGUUAACUUUUCCCUGUACUCACAGAGGGCAGCGGCUGGAAGCAGCAGUGUGGACUUGCAGCUGUAACUCAGUGCGUAAAGGUGUCCUGGUCUGAGUCAGAGCCUACAGUCUGACUGCAGCAGUCUGAGUCCCCAGGGAAAGAUGCACGCUGUGUCCUCUUCGCACCUCUUCUACCUGGUCCUCUGCUUGCUCGCCUUCACCAGCUCGGCCACAGCGGGACCAGAGACACUCUGCGGGGCUGAACUGGUCGACGCCCUUCAGUUCGUGUGUGGAGACAGGGGCUUUUAUUUCAACAAGCCCACAGGGUACGGCUCCAGCAGUCGGAGGGCGCCGCAGACGGGCAUCGUGGACGAGUGCUGCUUCCGGAGCUGCGACCUGCGGAGGCUGGAGAUGUACUGCGCGCCCCUCAAGCCCUCCAAGUCGGCCCGCUCCGUCCGCGCCCAGCGCCACACUGACAUGCCCAAGACGCAGAAGGAAGUACAUUUGAAGAAUGCAAGCAGGGGGAGUGCAGGAAACAAGAACUACAGGAUGUAGGAAGACCCUCCUGGAGAGUGAAGAAUUAACAUGUCACCGCAGCAUCCCUUGCUCUGCGCAAGUCACCUGUUAAACAUUGGAACGCCUCCCAAAAAAUAAGUUUGAUAACGUUUCCAAGAUGGGCAUUUCCCCCCAGUGAAAUAUACAAGUAAAUAUUCCAACAUUGUCUUUAGGAGUGAUUGUUGUAAGCUUUGCACUUGCAAAAAUGGUCCUGGAGUUGGUAGAUUGCUGUUGAUUCUUGUCAAUAAUGUUCUAUAGAGAAAAGUGUAUCUAUCUUAGUCCCUGCCUCGCAAGAGCCACAAUGCAUGGGUGUUGUUUAGAUCCAGUUGCACUAAAUUCCUCUCUAAAUCUUGGCUGCUGGAACCAGUUCAACAAUCUGUCUCAGUGGUUCAUGAAUUGUUUUCUUAUUUGCACUUCUUUCUAGGUAACACAAACUGUUGGUCUUACAGUGUCUACUAAUCGUUGUCUCCCCCCACCACUCCCUCCCCACCAUUUGCAAUUUGGCAAAUGUGGCCUCCUCAAAAGCAGUGCUAAUAGGCAAGCCACCCACCAACUUUUAAACUACCGGACUCCACCUGUGGCGUUUGUACCAAACAGAAGUUGAUGCAUUUAUUUUACACACGAAGCUUUAAUUUUUUUCCACAUCAUGCCACACACACACACACACACACACACACACACACAAUUUCAGGCAAAAUGUCACAACUUUGAGGCCAAUCAUUUUUAGGUGUAUGUUUGACACAUAGAAAGUCUCUUAAACUCUCAGCAGUUCCUGUGAAGGAUGAGUUAGUGUGCAACCUGAUUGUCCUUCUCUCAAUUUAUUUUUUCCAUAUAGAGCACUAUAUAAAUUUAGCAUAUCAAUAAUACAGGCUAUAUCAAACCGUAUGUAAAACUCUGUUUUUUUUAGUACAAUGGUGCUAUUUUGUAGUUUGUUAUAUGAAAGGGUCUGGUCAAAACGGUAAAAGGUGAAAGCAAAACGGAAGGGAAAGCCUGGAGCCAAAGAUGGCGCAGAGGAGCAGAGAAGGGAGAACCCCAUCCCUUGGGGGAGAGUGCCCAGUCUCCCCAGUUACCCUCCCAGGGAGCUUCAGAUGCGGGAGUCCACACACACAGACUCGACCAGGGAGUGCAGAGGAAGCUGUGGAAUGCAAAGAGCAGAAGGCCAGCCAGGACUUUUAAGUCCUGGUUUCUUUUUCUCACUGAAGAAACAAACAUCUGUGAGCUCUGCCAUGGACUCACCACUGCAUAACCUUGAGCUAGUCCCUUCACCUCUCUGUGCCUGUUUCCUCAUCUGAAAAAUGGGGGCAAUAUGUCAUCUACCUACCUCAAAAGGGUGGUAUGAGGAUUAACAAGAUAAAGGUUCAGAUCUUUACCCAGCUUUGUCACGAGGGUGCUACAUCAGAGCCCCUGAAUUGCUGGGCUGCAAGGAAUUCCACUAACAACCCAUUCCCCACACAGCUAGAGAGUUUUUAACUGAAAGUUCCUGCUAUCUCCUACCAUUCCAAUCAGUGCUACCCAACUAAUCAACUAGGUUUGAAAAGCUAACAGCACAACCUCUUUCAAAACACUUCCCAAACUUUUAGAAACAUUUGCUUUACAAUUUGCUUGUGAAUUCUACCUUUGAACAUAUAAAUGUAAAGCUAAGUGAAAAAGGAGAAAGGAAAAGUAAAAGAGUAGAGAAGAAAAGGUCUCCACCAGGGAAAGGGCAAUUGAUUAUCCAUUAGUUAGGUCUUACUGAUUCUCUCAGAUAGCUGUAAUCAAUCUAGUAACACCUCUUUUAAUAUUAUAAAUUAUACUCUAUUUGUUUUGAAAAAUACAUUUUUUUCUUCGCUUUAGACAAUAUAAGAAAAAUGUCCUGAGAUUUUACGUAUUAAAAUAAUAUCUAAUAAAAAGUCACAAAAGAACUUUCCUUAAUGCAUUUUAUUCUUAUCCUUUGUUGUAUAUACAUAUAUAUAUAUUUUAACUUUGUUAAAAUAUGCUAAGUAGAGUUGCUAGUUGAGGUGCAAAAAAUUUGUGCUUAAUCUUGAAAUUUCCCCUCCUGUCUGCCCGGCUCUUUCUCUGUGGCUUAGACAUUAAACCCAACACUGGCGCCCUGAAAAUCCCUCGGUGAGGAUAAGCCAUCCACUGGAGCCUAGAAAUUGCUCCUGGUCUCUGCAUCAAAAUUUUCCUUAUAGAGCAAUGAAUUAUCCAGCAUUCAGAUUUUCAUCUGCCUUAGACUUUUUGGUAAAGAGCUCAGCGGGUUGAUAAUCUCACACAUAUUAUAUGCUUUAUAUUGUUGACAACUGUAUAUGAAAAACGCAAUUGACAUCUUUCAUCUCCAGCUCACUGGGUUAGCUCAAGGUUCAGAGGCCAGAAAGGGAGCAAAGCUUUCCUGGCUCCGUGGUAGAGUAGAAGGAACUGUUCAGUGCAGCCUGCCCGGCCUAUCCAUUAGAAACCCCGGGCCCCAGGGUCCCCAGUGCUCUUGGAGCUGUGCCCCUUGGCGAGCUCAGCAAGGCUCUGACCGCUCUGGAGAGGUCACUCUCACCCUCUGCCUGUUCUCCAGAUUGUGGGCUCUGGGGGGUGACCUGCUGGCCUCCUUUCCCGGAUGGCUCCUGGGAUUUUGGUACUGUUUCCAGUGUGAGCUUUUUAAAAUUGCUCACUCCCAAGAAUGCUUUGCAGGGAGUCCUCCGCAGAUUCAUGGGCUCCUGACGAGGCUGGGUGUGAUAAUUUUAAGGGUGUCUGUGACUUACUUUGUUCAUUUAAUUCUACAAACAGUCAAAAACUUCCAUUGAAUUCUACAAACAGUCGAAAACUUCCAGUGAGGAAAGCUUAAAUAUACAAUACCCUGUUAUUUUUAUAACUUUUUCCAACAUAUAAAGCUCUCCAACCGAAUCACAAUCAACUACUAAAAAAGUAGUUAUACUGGCUAGGCAUGGUGGCACACGCCUGUGAUCCCAGCACUCCGGGAGGCUAACUCAGGAGGAUCAUAAGUUCAAGUCCAGCCUAUGCAACACAGUGACUUAGACCCUUUCUCACUCAGUCAAUCAGCUAGCCCAGCAUUUUAUUUCCAAAUAAAUUAACACUAGAAGACAAAGUCAAUGUAUGCCCUGAGGGUCGAUUGAUCUCUGUAUACUGCAGCAGAAUGAUCCGAAAUUAACUGAAGGAGGGGAGCACCUAAAGUGUCACAACCCUUCGAAGCUUUGGUAUGGAGUCUUAAGAGCUUUGCCACCUAGAAACGGGGCCAUUUGAAGAUGUCUAAGAACCGUAAAUACUGAGGAGAAUGUGCUUUCAACUAAUAGGCUUAUUUCCAGUUUAACGGGUAAUACUCAAUGCCUAGGACAAAUUUUGGUCCUUCUUCCCCAGAUACUAUAAAUUACUAUUUCAGCUUUUUAGAUGAAGCAGUUUCCACUGAAAAAGUUAAUUCAGCUCUGUGUCAGAAUCCACUCUUUUAGGGUAGAAGAAAAAUUCAAUAGCCACUUUACUACCCCUCUCUCUCUGUCUGUCUCUCUCCCUCAGACACACACACAUACGCACACAGAGUCCAACAAAAUACUAAGAAAUCCCUUCCUUGAAAGUUUUCGUAAAAACAAAAGACCAGAAAAUCCCUGCCCCCGUCCUCCUUCCCCCCUUGGGAGGUCGGUGUCCUGCAGAUGAAACCAUCUCCGUGCUGUGGCUCCAGGGUUUCUGUUACUGGCUUAGGCACUUAAGAAAAGGCUUAGCGAGGAAAAUGUAGCAUAUUUUGCUCUCCCAUUUACUGUUUGGCCAGCUAUGCCAAUGUGGUGCUAUUGUUUCUUUAAGAAAGUACUUGACUAAAAAAAAAGAAAAAAAAAGAAAGCAUAGACAUAUUUUUUUAAAGUAUGAAAACAACAAUUCUAUAGAUAGAUGGCUUUAAAAAUAGCAUUAGGUCUAGUCACCACCACCUUUCAACUUUUUGUCACUUCUAAGUAUUGUUCACCAAAUGAUGAGUUUGGGAUACAGGAGCAGAAGAUGGGAAAUUAGUAAAGGUGAAAGGCUCCGUUAUUUGUUGGCUCUCAAACUCAGCAAAAUUCACAAUGUAUUAUCCAAUUUGAAGACUUUAAUGAAGACGAUGGAGUUUAUAGAGGGGGGAAAGGAUCGUAUAGGUAAAUGGCGAGACUAAAAAGGAAGAUUCUGUUGCUUAUCAAUUUUCUGUACUCCACUCUAAAACAGAUAUUCAAGCAAGUACAGAAAAUAAAAACAGAGAGAAAACUACAUUGAUUCACCUACUACUAAAAAUAGCUUCUGCCACAUCCUCCCUGGGUAGGCUUCGGCGUUGACAGCCUCCCUUUGCUCUAACAUCUCACAGAGCAGCAGUGCUCAGAAAGCAAUCACUGAUCCCACUGGGGAAGGAGGGAGAGUAUUUCCUCAUGAGAGGGGGUUAUCUACUGAUCCAGAAGGAGAAGAAUUUAUGAGAAAUUGUUGAAAGAGAUGGCUAACGAUCUGUGAAGAUUUUUGUGUUUGUGGUUUUGUUUUUGUUUUUGUUUUUUACUUUAUACAGUCUUUAUGAAUAUCUUAAUGUUCAAAAAUGACUUGGUCUUUUUCUUCUUUUUUUCAUAUUGGAAUAAGGGAUGAUAAGUUAAACCCAUGUAGGCUUUUUAAACUAUAGGCUAGAUAGGAAUGUAUGUUUGACUUAUUGAAUCAGACUAUUUAAAAUGUUUUGCUAUUUUUAAUCUUAAAAGAUUGUCCUAAUUUAUUAGAGUAGAACCUAUUGGGCUCUUCUCAUAUGAAAGUGCAUUCCCAUUCUAAACGCACAGGCUCUCCCAGCAAUGUUUUUUUAAAAAAUCUGAUUUAUCUUUUGGCAUCAUUCACUUUAAAAUAUAGUAGAAAAAUGUGCGUCACUCUUCCCUUCCUCUGCAAUGAGUAUAAAGCCCAAGGUCAGAGGGGGCAAAAGCAAAAGAAAAAUUUUGUAGAUUCUUGUGUUUGUUUAGAUUUUGUGUUCAAUGCUAGUGUUAAUCCUAUAAUACCUAUUUGCUUAUCGCUAUUUUGAUAUUCUAUAAGAUUUUCCUGUUAGGUAUUAGAAAUUGAUACUUAGAUACUGUUUUUGUGUGAUUUCUAUUUAAAAAGAAAAGGGAGACAAAAGAGAUUUAAAUGCAUAUGGUACAGGAUAAAGAUACCAACAUAAGUAACAAAGUCUGUUUACAGAGUAACCUCCCUACACACACACACACACACACAUACACACACACAUUUUUAAAAAGGAAAACUCUCACAGAUAAAGACAGAGGCCCAAGGGAUUUUUGAAACCACCUUGACUCCUCUUAAUUUUUUUUUUUUCAGACUCUCCAUCAGUAUUGUAUACAUUGCCCCAAGCUGAAACCCUAGAAGUAAAAGAACCUCUUUAAAAACACAUAUUUCCUGAUUACCCUGAUAUGAAACAAGGUCCUUCUCUCUUCCUGUUUUCAAUUGUCAUGGAUAUGGAUGGUCCCAAGGGAAAUUUUUUUAAUUAGAAAACAGAGAGAGAGUACAAAAGUCCAAAAUGUUACUGCCCAAUUGAAAUAUGAGCUAAGAUGGAAAUAGUUUCUCCUGCCUAAAAAUCCAGGUUGACUCACCUUCACAAUGACCUUCCACAAUCCUUAGAUUUUUGCCUUUGUUUAAAUUGCCAGAACUAAAAGCAAAUAUUUUUCAUUUUCUUUUGCCCAAAAUGCACUGAUGUAAAGUAGGAAAAAUGAAAAUGGGGCUCUGAAAUCCCCUUCCAAGCCACCCACUGACCCACUCACCUGGAACAGCAAAGUCACUUCUGUUGCUCUCUUAAUCUAAUUGUGUUUGGAUAUUUAUCUUGUACCUGCUGCUAAGUACGCUGCAGGGCGGAACUCUGAAACCUCAAGCUAUCUACUCAAUAUCCCUUCUCUUUGUCUGUGUAUCAUUAAAAUGUCUAUUCACAAUAUCAGAAACGUUCAAACAUCAUGCAGCUUAUAUUCAGUUGAUACAAAAGCCCCAAAUACCACGUUGGAUCUCUUUUUCUGCUAAGAGAGUUAAUGAACUAUGAGAAUUGGGAUUACAUCACGUAUUUUGCUUCAUGUAUUUUUAUCACACUUAUAGGCCAAGUGUGAUAAAUAAACCUACAGCCACUGAAUUAAUUUUCCCUGCCACUUUGAAGCCAGAAAAGGAUGAUUGGUCAUUCACUGUGUCUAAGUUCGAAAGCGUUUUCUGUAUUAAAUUAUUUCUGAUUGUAUUUGAAAUUAUUAUUCAGUUCAUCUAUGGCAGAGGAAUAUCAGCCCUAAUGACUUCUAAAAAUGUAACUAACUGAAUCAUUAUCUUACAUUUACUGUUUCAUAAACAUAUUUUGAAAAUGUAUGGCUAGAGUGUCAUAAUAAAAUGGUAUAUCUUUCUUUAGUAGUUACAUUAAAAUUAAUCAUGAUUGGUUAAUUGAUUCUUUU